AUGGUGCUCGAGGACGUCGAAAACACAGCCCCGGAAGGCUUCUCAGACAACCCAUAUCCCUCGUCGGACGACCCAUAUGCAUCCGCGUCGCCGCCAUCCUCAGGCGCUCGCUUCGACGCGAGCACCCUACCCCAGCCAUUACCUAUCAUAGGCACCUUCAUGGGCUUCUCCGAUCGCGCUGUCCGCUUCAAGACCGAGACUACCCUCAAGUUCGCCGAGCGCAAGGUUGGCCGUCAACUAAACUCGGAGGAAGCACAGGCGCUCGCAUACCACAUAUACCAGCUCGAGCAGACAAAAAGCUAUUUCGCCGCCACGGGUGCAGCUGCAGGAACAUACCAAUGGUACAGGACCUGGGACAAGAUGAAGUACCCCUUCUAUCAACCCAAGGUCGAGGACAUCGAUCGAAACAAAUUUGGUCCCAUCAAGGGCAAUAUGGCGCAGUUCGCACGACAUACAUGGCGAUUCUCUUUAUAUGUAUUGGUGGCAGGACAGAUGGGCAACAUCAUCGGCCAACUUCUCGCUCAGCCACUUGCUGCAGUUAACACAUCAAACGAUCCUAAACUGGAACAGUUUGGACAGGAGUUGAAGGCUUCGUCACACGCCGAAGGACAACGGACCGCACAACAAGGACGCGAGAUUCAGGACAGGCGACGAGAGUUCCAGGAGCAGGUGAGGAAUCGCGCGGGAGGUGGUCCUUCGCCACAGGCUAGGUGGGGUAAGCAACCCCAAGAGAACGGCGAUGGAGGGGACGACAUGAGCCCGACCGCUGGAAACGAAACAUGGGGGUCUCAAUCUGCAGGAACAGACACGUGGGAGAGUUUCUCGAACGAUACACCGCAAUCGACUUCACAACGCCAGCAGGGUCCGCCAUCUACUGAAGCUUGGAAUCGCCAACCAUCUCCACGACGUCAGUCUGCACAGCCAUCAUCACUUCCUUUCGAUGACGACGCUUCUCCUACCGGCGGCCUCUUCCAGGAUGAAGUCAACAACCCGCAAUCGCAGCCCCAGCCGCAAGCAAGGCCUGGGGAAUCAAGCUGGGACCGACUUAGACGCGGUGGUGCGCCAGCGCCCCUUCAAAAGCCACAGCAGCAAUCACGGAGAGCAGAGCCUGAGCGCAGGGAGCAAAGAGAAGGCUCCACGCUCGGGGAUUCAUACACAUUUGUUGAGGGUGAUGAUGAAAGAGCUAUGGAGAGGCAGCGCGCACAGCAAGAGUUUGAUGCUAGGUUAGAGCGAGAGCGCCAGGGACGCGACUUCAACGACGAAAACAAGAAGUGGUAA